AUGCCGCAAUCCUUGUCUCUAAGCACUCCGCCACAGGGGUCUAUCAAGAGGCAACGGUCCCAGGAAACGGCAAUGACCGUAUCUCGACCGACUUCUCGUGGUCAGGGACAAUCUAACGGUGCGGUUGGCAAACCUGAUGACUCAGCAAAGCAAGUCAAUGUCAAGAUACCUGCCUACCUGAACAAACCCCGUGCCAAGAUCUCGUUGGCGUUCCAGGAUUUGGAGUGGAAGCAGAGAUACCGUCUCCAGCAUGCUUCGCAGAAUCCCCACACGUCUCCAUUCCGGGUCGACCGCUCGUGGACUGUCCUCAGUCGCAAUCGCUACGGUAAUGUCCAGCCCUGGGAAUCGUCGAGAGUCAAAUUGAAAAAACCGAUUGGAGGAUCAGACUACGUCAACGCGUCCCCCAUCACCCUCAGGAGUCGCCUCGCCAAAAAGUCUCGCAGUGGUACUUCCACUCCAGCAUCGACUGGGCCACCCUCAGUUUCCUCAACAGCUCCAGUCGAAAGCAACUACAUCGCUACACAAGGUCCAAAGGAGGGACAGUAUUCACACUUCUGGCACAUGGUCAUGCAGGAGACUCCUGGCGAUGUGGGCGCUAUUAUCAUGCUCACACAGCUCUAUGAAGGAAACAAGGAGAAAUGCGCCCAGUAUUUCCCUCACGACAUGGACAACCCCACGAUAAUCCUACCUGCCCACGAGGAUGGGGGAGAUGAUGAUGGGGACACAGAGGCCGCGGAUGAUGGUGAUCCUUUUCUGGACUCCCGUACGAGAAGCGCUGAGACUGAUAGUGUUGGAACAGAUGCCGAAGACACUCGUAGUGAGCAGCGAGGUGCUGCUCGAGAUAACGGACAGGAUGAUGCGGCCCAGGAGCAAGGUUCAUGUGGUUCUGUCACCCUCCUUUCCCUGGACUACGAUGCCAGGAUUGGCUGCGAAGUCCGCAAACUUCGAUUGACGAUCGACGGCAACACCAAAACAAUCUAUCAUUACCUGUUCCACGGCUGGCCAGAUUUUGGCAAACCCGAAGCCGAAGACCGGAGAGCUCUGGUGGAACUGACUAAAGUGUCGAGGGCAGUUGCGGGUGACUCUCCACGAAUUGUGCAUUGCUCUGCCGGAGUCGGCCGAACAGGCACUUGGAUAGCACUCGACUUCCUUCUACAAGAGCUCGAAGCAGGCCGACUGGUCGAGUCUUCCCCUCCACAGACAGGUACGCAUACACCGACGACGAAUUCUAACGGCGCAGGCACAUGGGGUCGGAGUGGGCCUGUUAAAGCCAGCACACCCGAUCCAAAAGACGAAGACGAUCUGAUAUGGGAAACUGUGAAUACGCUCCGCGAACAGCGCAUGAUGAUGGUCAUGAACGAAUUGCAGUAUAGUUUCCUCUACGAAGUCCUGAAGGAGGCGUUCAUUGACAAAUACGCGGAAACGGAGACUGGACCCGUCGUAAUCGAGGUGCAAGAACCGAGUCCCAAAGUGGCAAGGAGGAGUUCUCCUUUCGGCGGAAUGUUUCGCGACGGUCGGGUGGGCGCGGCCAAGGGCAACGGGAAUGAGGAUACGGUUCCAGCGGACAGUGCUGAGUUCAGUGAAUCAGAAGCGGAGACAGAGAUCAUGGACAAGCCCAAGACUGGCAUGGAACUUGACCGGGGUGAUGCCGUUGACGCUGGGUCUGCUGAAGAUGUGGGAGAUCAUGCGAAGGAUGGCGAGGCAGAGGAGGAUCCAUACGCUGCAGUGGCCCCGGAGUCGAUCCGUGAGGGACAAGGGAAGAAGGAGCAAAACGAGGUCCACGAGCAUGAAGUCAAGUGA